CCUCUUCACUUUCACCUCACUCAACCCUCUUCUUCUCUUCUCUUCCAUUUCUUCCUCACGCACAUGAGAGUGGGAACCACAUCAUCACCGCAUGAUGGAAAGCCCGCCGCCGCAUGUCGACGCAUCUCGACCGUCCCUUGGCUUCCCCUUGGGCACUGCCCUUCUCUUGAUCAUCAUCUUCACCCUCAGUGGCGUCCUCUCUUGCUGCUACCACUGGGACAAGAUCCGUUCCCUUCGUCAAUCUUUCUCUCAUUCCGAUCCCCAAAUGCAUUCCUCCGAUCCCACCAAAUCUAAACACUCCACGGAAUUGCGGCAGAACAGGGGACCGAGCUUGCCAGUGUUGAUGCCGGGGGAUGAUGUGCCCAAGUUCAUAGCCAUGCCGUGUCCGUGCCAGCCUUCAAGGCCAGACAAUGUUGUUGUCACAGUGGAAUUGGAGAAGCAGAAGCGGCUGCCCAAACCGCCGCAGCUACCGAUCCCUUUAUAUUUAUAAUUAGCAACCUCCCAGGUUGUCAAAAGGGUCAAGGUUUCGCAAUGUAAAAAUACACAGACAACCUGGGUUCCGAAAACUUGGCUGCUUGUGCUUGCUAGUUGCCACCAUUUGUUGUGCCAAUGUAUAUUCAUUGUUCACCCUGAUAAAGAUUGUAAGAAAUCAAAAUAGGAAAAAAGAAUAAGGGGAUGGAUAGGGUUGCAGGUUAAUUCGGAUAAUAUUGAGGGCCUUUUCAUUUGAUCUAGUCCAUCUCUUUGUAACUGUUAAGAAGUUUGUAGAUGUUGGUAUUGAUUGGAAACAAAAUCCAAUUUGGAUGGCUCUUCCUCCUCUUCUUGAUUUUGACAUGCAAAAGAAAGUAGCAAUUUGUUUUUUGAGAUUGAAUUAAUGAUUUUAAUUUUA